CUGGCCAUGAUGUUAUGGUUUGUGGUUGGUGCCCUCUUCCCAGCGCUGCUCCUGGCCGCGCCGCCUCCCAUAAACAAGCUCGCCCUCUUCCCGGACAAGAGCGCUUGGUGCGAGGCCAAGAACAUCACCCAGAUCGUGGGGCACAGCGGCUGCGAGUCCAAGUCCAUCCAGAACAGGGCCUGCCUGGGACAGUGUUUCAGCUACAGCGUCCCCAACACCUUCCCGCAGUCCACGGAGUCCCUGGUUCACUGCGACUCCUGCAUGCCAGCCCAGUCCAUGUGGGAAAUCGUGACACUGGACUGUCCAGGCAAUGACGAGAUCCCCAGGGUUGACAAGCUGGUGGAGAAGAUUCUUCACUGCAGCUGCCAGGCGUGCGGGAAGGAAGCGGGCCACGAGGGAGCCCUAUGUUCAUGGCCUCCAGGAGUGCCUCUGGACUGGAGAAACUCGGACACGGACAUGGACAUCCCUUCGUGG